UGCCCCUAGAGCCUCAUCCCUGGGCAGAGCUGAGCCCCCCCCCCCCAUUGCGUGAGUGACCAGCUGUGGGGGAAGCAGAGCAGGAUGCUGAGGGGGUGGGGAGACUCUUCACAGGCACAGCGUCUUGCAGGGGCUGGCUAUGUCACAGCCGGAGGUUGGGGGCACCAGCCCCUGGGGUGAGGCUAGUGGCCCAGAGUUGCCUUCCUGGGGUGGAGGGAGCAAUUCUGGCUCUGGCAGGCAGCAGGCCCAGGGAAGCGCAUGCUGGGGAGGGGGUUCUAAACCAUGUGUGUCUCUGCCCCAGGGGCCAUGGGCAGAUCCCCAGGUGUAACCAGUUGAAAAUGGGCAGUGAAGACCAUGGGGGGCAGUUGGCGCCUGCUCCCAGCUGGUGGCCCAAGCACUGGGCAGUGCUGCUCCCAGGAGUCCAGCUGCAGCCUGGUGGUCCCUCAGAACUGAGACAGCCCCAGCACCUCCCUCCUCCAAGGGACUUGCCAGGUGCUCUCAUCAGCGCCCUGCAGCAGCCUGGGGGCUGGGAACAAGAUCCGGGGGGCUGGCUUCAGCAGCUGCCUUGGGUACAUCAUGGGGCCAGUCCCACCACUUUUGUUCAACCUGCACUGGCUGCCAGGGGGCAGGAGGUCCAGGGCCCCCCCAGCAGCGGCAAGCAGGGGAACAGAUCUGCCGGUGCAGCCUGUUCUCACCACCCAGAUGUGAAAUUCACACCUCUCCCAGCCUCGGCUGGGACCCUGGGACCACUUAGCACUAAACCGCAGCAGCAUCCAGCCUGAAGGGUGAGCUCAGCCCCAAGGUGCAGAUGGGGUGAGGGCAGACAGGCAGGGAGCCUCUAACUCAGCCUCCCGCUUCCUUUGCCCCAGGAUGACGGCUACGGGUCCUGAUGGGCACGGGGCCUGCAAUGCUUCCUUCAGUACGUUCCAGCAGCAGAUGUGGCCCGCGCUGGUGGUGAUGUUUUUCCUGGCCUUCGCCAGCAACGCCUUCGCCAUCUACUGCUUCGUGGCCCACGAGCGCACCUGGCACCUGGGCAUCGUGUACUCCUUCAACCUGGCUGUCAGCAACCUGCUCUACACCCUCUCCCUGCCCUUCCUGGCCGCCUACUACUACCCGCCCAAGCACUGGCGCUACGGCCUGGCCCUCUGCAAGUUCCAACGCUUCCUCUUCUGCUGCAACCUGUACGGCAGCAUCUUCUUCCUCACCUGCAUCAGCCUGAAUCGCUACCUGGGCAUCGUGCACCCGUUGCUGGUGCACAGGCGGCUGGAGCCCCGCCAUGCCAAGCUCCUGAGCAGCGCCGGCUGGCUGCUAGUGGCCAGCCUCUCUGCCCCCACCCUGUACUUCUCAGAGCUGCAGCUCCAGGGGAACUACACAGAGUGCCUGGGCAGCGCCACGAACGAGCAGCUGCCCCACUACCUGCCCUACAGCCUCUUCCUGGCGGCCUUCGGCUGCGGGCUGCCCUUCCUGCUCACGCUCUUCUCCUACGGGGCCAUCUUCCACACCGUCUGCCGCAACCCCCACAUCACACCGCUGGAGAAGCGCCGGGUGGGGUGGCUGGUGAGCGUGGGGGUGGCUCUCUACGCUGUGUCCUACCUGCCCUAUCACACCCUGCGCAACCUCAACCUGGGCCUGCGGCUGUGGCAGGGCAAUGGGCAGGACUGCCAGCAUGUGCUGCUCAUCCACACCGCCUACCAGCUCACCAAGCUCCUGGUCACCCUCAACAUCUGCACCCACCCGCUGCUCUAUGCCACCCUGGCUGACAGCAUGCGGGGCUGGUGCAGGGCCCCCCACGGGCAGGACAGGAGCCAGGCCACAGAGAACACGGUGCUAAGGGCCUCUGGCUGACCCUGGGGAUGGAACCAGCUGCAGGCACACAGGACUAGCUUUGCCCCCCCCGGGACCAGACGACCAUGCAGAGCAGCAGGGUAACAGCAGCUGCUCCAGCCUGGCCCAAGCUCCCGGGGAAGGGGGGCAGCUCCUCAGCUAAAAGCCAAAACGCCCCCUGCAAGGGCUGCUUGUGAGACACCCAUGUUACGGCAGCAGGGGCUGGGCUCCUUUGAGAUCAGCCAUUAAAGCAGAACCUGAGCCAGCUGCUCUGUGUCC